AAGGGGGCAUUGAACGUGACCGAAGCCUAAGAACCCCGUGGCAUGUCAACGAAAACCAGAGACGCGUCUGUGCUGUGCGUGUGUUGGGGGGCGGGUGGUGUCAGCCUCGCUUCCCCCUAAGUUAAACCUCGGCGUUGUUGUUGUUGUUGAUGUUGUUGUUGCUGCUGCUCUUCAAGCUGUUUAAACGUCGGGACGGGUUCCACAAUGCGCGCCCUGCUGAUCGCGGCUUCCUGCAGAGCGGCGCCGCUGUUCGCUGAAGCCCUCCGUAGAGGAGGAUUCAGCACAGGACGUUUCAGGAGCCAAAAUCUUGUGGUAUCAGUCGAAGGCAACAUUGGGUGUGGAAAAACAAAAUGCCUGGAAUACUUCCAGGGUUCACCGGGUAUUGAGGUGGUUGCCGAGCCUGUUACCAAGUGGAGAAACAUUUGGGGCCAUAAUCUACUGGCAUUGUUAUACAGUGACCCGAAGCGCUGGAGCCUGACGUUGCAGACAUAUGUGCAGCUCACCAUGAUCAUGAAUCACACCAGCCCAUCGACCGCCCCAGUCAGGAUGAUGGAGAGGUCUAUCUUCAGCGCAAGAUACAUCUUUGUGGAAAACCUCUUCCGAAGUGGCCUAAUGCCAGAGGUGGAGUACGCCGUGCUGGGCGAGUGGUUCGACUGGCUCACCAAGACCAUCCCCAUACCCGUCGACCUCAUUGUGUACCUUCAGGCGUCCCCGCAGACUUGCCAUGAGCGUCUGAAGUCGCGCAGCCGCGAAGAAGAACACGUCGUUCCGCUGGAAUACUUGCAGAGUCUGCACUCGCUCUAUGAGAGUUGGCUUGUGGACAAGAGUAUCUUCCGACUGCCGGCUCCUGUGCUGGUGAUCCCAGCAGAGGAGAGCUUGGAGCGCAUGUACACCGUGUUCGAAGAGGCACGACCUCUCAUCCUGCGGCCCAACUCCAAGAACACGCUCGGCGCGUGACCACCUCCACACCGAUCACGCCGUCACGUGACGAGCGAGGUCACGUGACCUCCGCAGCCGGUCGUGUGACUUCAUACCCUAGCCUUGCACCCUUUCAAGUUUACAUUAAUAUUGUAUUACGGCCUUUAGUUACCCAGGAGCGCUUUAUUGACUGUCCAAUUGCCUACUUCGGAGUACCAAGCCAGGUCUGCUCUUGGUUUGAUUCUUAAGCCGGGCGACUGGGCUCAGCCUGCAUUCCCUUCUUGCUGGGCCAACCUGGCUUGGAUGUUGUACCGGCUUGUGCAUGCUUUUACAAGGUAGCCUGUUGGUUUACACUGGCCGUGCUCACAAACAGUCGUGAGGUCAACACGAGAGAGAGCGCAGUCAUUGGUCUCUUUCACCUCGGUCAAAUUUAGGUCCAUGCUCUUUGUUUAAUAAAAAAACUGGUGGAAAAUUAAUAUAUAAUGUAUGUAUAUGUAAAUAGAUUUAACUUCUUUCGUACCGCAUAGCUUGGGGUGACCUAACCCAAACCCAAACCUUUUCAUAUUGUUAAAAAAACAUUAAAUUGACUUCCCUCUGGCUGGUGGAGGAAGGGUGUGGAAGGGGCUGAGCGCACGGGAACCCGAGACGCCUCGAAUCGUUGGGAUGCAUUCCAAGCUGCGCCGGGAUGGCCCAGGACAGUUUCCGGGCCUGCGAGCUUUUGUUUGCCCGUGGCCUUGGGAAUGGCGGCAUUUCUCAGCAGGGUCAUGCGUUGAGAUAUUUGGUUUAAAAAAAAAUCAUUUUGCAAAUUACCCUGUACAUUUCCUGAAAGUGUAGAACGUGUACCUUGUGGACAUGUCUGGUGGACUUGUGAAAGUAGGAGGAAUAGUGGUUAUAAUUGUGUUGCCAUAGCAAUUUAUUUUUACUUUUAGAUCAGUAUGCAUUUCACGUGUGGGACUACUUAUUCACAUUUAUGAAACCCAAAUCUACCCAUCCGAAUUAGGUCAGCAAUCUGAUCAUUAGCAACGUUGAAAGAGGAAAGCGUUCCACUGCGUUGCCUAUUUCCGCACUAAAAAAAUAGCACAAAAACAUUUUUACAGGUCAAGGUGUCUAUAGAUGUAGUCUCUGGUUGUGAUCUGGACACCAUAAACGUCUUAAUGGGUGUCUCAAUGCUUGUUCAUCAUUAAGGAAGUGCUUUGGGAGAUUUAAAAAAAAAUAUCUCCUCUAAGUCUGUCCAUGUGCACGCUAUUUAUUGAUGUCGUGUAUACGUUUAAAUGUUUAGCAGCCUUUCCAUUACGUAUACACCGCUCUGCCCUUUAGGUCGGACCAAGCACAUCUUGUAGUCUCGAGAAUACGAUACAUUUAAUUCUAAGCACUUAUUAAUUUGGGAACAUGGUUUUAAUUUUGCGACUUCCGAACUGUUUAUCUGGGGUGCACGGAAACUGCUCACCGCCUCCUGCUCGCUGCUGCUCUGCUCAUCUAGGGAUCAGGAACUGGAACCUGGUGACUCGAUCCUUGUGAGUCACCAACCUCGCCUCGCCCCACUACGUUACAGGCAUGCACCAUGGACUCCAACGGUGGGAAAUCAUAAAAAAAAAAUCCGAGGCCUGGUGUAAGUGCUAUAGAUGGAGCAUGGAGUUGGCGUUCAUUAUCAAGUGUUGUAGAGGUAGUUUAAGGUCUGGUUGGCUAAUGGGGGUGAAUCUAACCCCCACUAUGUGAGAUGAUUUAUAAUGGAAUAAUGACCAUAACCCACUGCUGAGAAGUUGCAGAUGUUGAGUAAAACAGCAUUUGUUUUUUCCAGUAGAUGUUUUUUUUUUUAUCACAUUCAUUGUGAUUAAUGUGAGCUUUGUAAAGACGUAUUAAAAAUUGUGCUUGAUAUA